AUGAACAAGAUCAUUCACAUUGCAUCGGAUGUAUUUCAGGGUCUGUCACAGCUGCCAACAUUUAACUUAAGCUUUAAUCAGAUAAGUGAUCUGGAUAAGGAUGCUUUUAUAGGGGUGAAGUGGUCAAUGCUGAGGUUGUUUCUGGAUUACAAUAACCUGAUCACAAUCCCUCCAGGGGUUUUCCAUGGUCUACUUGCUCUGGAAGAGAUCAGUUUUUUCGCGAACACUAUACAGCUGAUUUCUACAGAUGCAUUUUUGGAUCUUCCCUCUCUCAGGUUGUUGAAUCUUAGUAGGAAUCAGAUUUCCAUCCUGGAACCCAAGAUUUUUCACAGUCUUUCACAGCUGGAGUUAUUGGACAUUUCCAACAACAGCUUGAAAACUAUAAAAGGUUUCACAUUUAUGGGCUUGCGGGAAAUGGUGGAACUGAACCUACAGUUUAAUCUAAUUCAGGCUUUAGAACCUUUCUCUUUAUUUGGCUGCUCAUCACUUUUAGUUCUUCAUUUGGGGAAUAAUCAGAUUCACACAAUUCACCCAGGGACAUUUGAAGGUGCCUACAUCCUCACAGCUUUAAAGCUGGAAAACAACAAUUUGACGUUUUGGCCUUCAGAAGUCACAAAGCCUUUCAGGGUUCUUCAAACAAUAACACUGUUCAACAAUCUCAUCAGUGAGCUCCAAGAUGGAGCUUUUGUUGGAAUGGUCCAUCUGCAUACCUGCAAUCUGAGCCAGAACAGGAUCACAAAGAUCCAAGAGGGAGUUUUCAUUGAUCUAGUUAAUUUGAGGGUUCUUGACCUGUCAAGGAAUUAUCUGUCCAGACUGAGUUCCAACAUACUCCAGCUGCCAAAAUUAAAAACAUUAAACAUCUCUACAAAUAUUAUAUAUGAUAUUCACUGUGAUAUGUUUAAUGGGAUUGCUGCUCUUGAGAUGUUGGAUUUAAGUGACAAUCAGCUCAGAUUAGUGCCCAGCUGCACUCUGGAAAAUCCCAGCAGAGCAGAGGGGACUGAACGCAUUCGAGGCGGUUGGCAGUUUGCCGUGCAGGGCUCCGAAGAUCAGCCAGAUCCAGGAAGCGAGUAA